ACCAGCCAGUCUGGGAGGCGGUGCGAGCCACCGGGGCAGCCCCCACCUACUUUCGGGCCAGCGGACGAUUCAUCGACGGGGGCAUCGUGGCCAACAAUCCGACCCUGGACGUCCUAACUGAGAUCCACAAAUACAACCUCGCCAAUAGAAAAUUAGGGAGUACAAAGGGUCUUCCGCAAAUGCACGUGGUGGUUUCAGUGGGCACGGGCAGUCCACCCGUCAAGUUCAUCGAGGAGUGUGACGUCUACCGACCCGAGGGCAUCAUGGAGUUCGCAAAAACCACCGAAUCAGACGGCCAGUCAGUGAGUAGGGCGGCAGCCUGGUGCAACAUGAUCAACGUCCCAUUCUUCCGGUUCAGUCCUCAGCUGUCUGAUCUUAUCCCUCUCGACUGCUCUGACAACAUCACUCUCAUCAACAUGCUCUGGGAGACUCAGUGCUACCUCCACUCACGUCACGAAAAAUUAGUUCAGUUAGGAAAAGGAGAACUGAUAGAAGAUGGUGAGUCCCUCAAGUUGUAUUGCCUCAAAAACGUUUAUUGUGCCAUCUACAGCGAUCCGCUUUCUGACUCUAAGUUUUACAGAAUUUUCAAUGAGAAUGAUCUAGAGGCAGCUACUAAACGCUACAAACUGUUGAAUGAAAAGCUACCUCACCUUGCAAGUUGCUACAAAGAGGUCAAUGUAGCAACCCUGAAGCACAUUGUGAAGUCAAUUGAACGUUUUCCACAUUACAGUCUCGCCCAUCUCUCCCUCAUCAUCGAUGCUGAAAAUUGUCUUGAAACUGAAAACUUUUUGAGGUGUGUGGAUCACUCAAUGUUGGCAACAAAGGAUGCGAGCAUGUUGAACGAGCUGAACAACAUCGGGGAAUCAGCCCUGCACGAGGCCUGCCUCAACAAACUGCCUGAUAAUGUCAACAUGCUUCUCCAGAUGGGUGCAAAUAGUUCAUUGUCUGCCUCAUACAGAUACCCUGUCCACUGUGCCAUGCAAGUUGACUGUAUCAGUUGCGUGGAGGUGCUGCAUGAAUAUGACAAUGACGUCCUGAAACUGGCUGAGAAGAUUUACGGCAACACUGCCAUGCACUGCUUAAAAAGCAAGCAG